AUGGACAUAUUUGUACAAUUUGCAUCGAACUUACAACGCAAUCCGGAAUCAUUGGAAGGCAAAGUGCUAACCCAAACCAAAUCCACCAAAUCAGAUCAGAUUUUAAGUCAAGGAUAUCCAAUAGAAAUACACGAAAUCGAAACCAAAGAUCAUUAUAUGGUUGGCAUGGAACGAAUACCCUAUAGUAAAAAUAAUGUUAAUAAAACAAUUGGUAAACCUAUCAUUCUGUUACAUGGCUUGUAUGGAACUUCCAUGUUUUAUACACUCACGAAUAAAUCAUUGAGUUUCAUACUGUCCGAUGCUGGUUUUGACGUCUGGCUACUAAAUUUCCGCCUCGCUGGUAUAUCUAAGUAUAUCAAAAAUCCUAGAACUGGCAUGGUCACUCCGUUGAAAAAUGUUUCCUGGAAUUUUAGUUUUGACGAGUUGGGAAUAUACGAUACAACAGCUGGUAUUGAUUAUAUUUUAAACAAAACCGGACACGAUAAACUGCACAUGGGUGGCUAUUCCUUCGGGGCUACUAUAUGCCUAAUAGCACUAGCCGAAAGACCAGAGUACAAUGACAAGAUUGACAAAUUGAUUUUAAUAGUUCCAACAGCUAGAAUGAAGUAUUACGAUCGGCGGCUUAUCAUUUUGAAAAUAUUCCCUUAUUUGUUCCAUAGACCGUUAAGAGGUUUGGAAUAUAUACCUAAGAUGAAGCAACCGGACAAUCAAUGGUUUGGGAACCAAUGUAAAAAUAAGAAAUACAUGAAAUGGUUUUGUAUUUAUGCAAUGGAUGUGUUACAAGGAAAUUAUUUGGCCAUAGAUUACGAAACUAUAGAUAUCCUAAAAACAUAUCCUCAGCCGACGUCCAUCAAAGUAAUGACACAUUACUAUCAACUCAUACUAGCAGAUCAUUUUAGAAAGUAUGACUAUGGAAAAAAAGGAAAUAUAAAAUAUUACCAUUCUAACACCCCGCCCGAUUAUGAUUUGUCCAAAGUGAUGGCUGCUACGUACAUUUAUCAUUCGAAAUAUGACGUCAUAGCUCCACCAAAAGACAUAAAAUGGCUAAUUAAACGAUUGCCCAAUGUCAAAAAUGUCACAAUGGUAAAGAAAUUCAGUCAUAUGGGUUUUGCAACUAGCCCACAUUUAAGACCAAUAAAUAUCUUAAUAGCCAAACAAUUAUUAGUAGACGACUGUAAUAAUGAUAUGUUAUCUAAUAAAACGUAUUCAUAA